CACUGCAUUACGAUAUCACAUUUCUACAACGACAUCCUUUCUCACUGUAGUCACCCUUCGUCAAUUGAUAUCCACCCAAAAGCACAUCAUGGAUAUGGGCACUAAAAUCAAGGCGGUUCUGCUCGGCGAGUCCAGCGAGUCCAAACAACCCACCACCGCCACUGGUACCUCCGACUACUCCGACACUCCCGGAACAUAUCCUGACAGCGUCGCAACCCCCCGCUCCGAGGCCGCUGCAGCAUCCGCUCACGAACACAACAAACUCCACAAGCCCAAUGACCCUCGAGGAUGGUCUGCGGAGGAGAAGGAGGGACACGGUCAUGGCCAUGGUCACACCGACUCAGGCGUCGGCAUUACAGACUCUCAGUACGGGUCGUCCUACACUCACCAAGCCCCAAGCAACACGUUCGACAAUCAAAGAGCCCUCCCCCCUCAAGAACAAGGAAUCCAGGGUUCAACUUUGGCCGAAGACCUAAAGGAGCCCGGUCAUGAUUCCACCACAGACGCCACGACUCCUCUUCCCCCUUACCAGCGACAAGAGAACACCGAGUCGGAUCCUGAAGGAACCAGCAGCACCCAGAAGAGCGAUACCCCGUAUUGGGGUAACCUUCCCCGGGGUGAAGGUGUGUACAACACUGUGACGGGACAUGGCAGCGGAGAGGAUCAGCACUUGCACGACAGACAAACCGAUCCCAGCGCAGUUGCUGCCACCUCUCAGCUGUUGGAUAAUGACCCGGACCGGUCUUCACAACAGCGAGCCAUGCCCGAAGACGUAACCAAAGUCGAGGGUGACAGCACUUCACACAAACUCCAUGAAGGCCAAGAUUUGCAAGGACAGACCCUUGAAAGUCAGAACAUGCAAGGUCAGACUUCUGGAAGCCAGGACUUGCAAGGCCAGGACUUGCAGGGGGAGAAGCCAGGAGAGCAGGGGGACUCGCACUACAAGGAGGGUCUUACUGGCGCUGCAGUCGUAGGCGCGGCUGGCGUUGGUGCACAUGAGCUAAGCAAGCACCACGAAGACGACAAUCUCCGGCGCACGGCCGAGUCUCAGUCACCAGGAGGCGUUGAAGAUGGCAAGGGUGGCGGCAUGUUUGGUGUUUUCCGCCGCAAGUCCAAGGACUUGACCAAGAACAAGGACGAAACAGACCACCCUACCGAGACCAAGGAAGGACGCAGCUUUCCUCUGUUCCGCCGAAGCUCCAAGAGUCACCCUGAAGAGACGGGUGCUCCCGAGGAACAUAAAGAGAAGAAGACAGGAGGAUUCUUCCAUCGCAGCCACGACAAGGACGCGGCUGAUCGCAGCCAGAAGUUUGAGGAGAAGGAGAAGGAGAAGGACCAAGGCAUUGGCAAAGGUGCUCCCGCUCUAGCUCUCGCCGGCGCAGGAGGUGUUGCUGCUUAUGCUGCUUCUCGCGAUCAUGACCAAGACCGCGAGGCCAAGGACAAGUCUCUAGAGGGCCAGCAACACGAAUCCGCCAUCCAGGAUCCCUCCCAGAGGAUUGAUACAACCCAAAGAAGUGGUCGUCAGGACAACGAACCGUCUUCUGAUGCUACGGGUUCUCAGUUCUCUAAGACGGGUGCCUAUACUGCUGGUGGCUUAGGCGCAGCUGGUGUUGGUGCAGGUCUCCUGGCCUCUCAGCACAACAAACGCUCCGAUGACUUACCUGAACAGUCUAAGAUUGAUGACAGCACAGCUCGAGGCUUCCAGCCUACCAGCCAGACAUCCGAUAUGACUUCUCCCACUUCUCUCGGGGAUUACACUAUCCGUCCCCAUGAAUCUACGACCGAUUCUGGCCGAAACAAAGAGAAGCAAAUGAUUGACAACUCGAACGCGCCUGUGGAGCCUGUGACAAGGCAUGCCAACGAGGGCCAGUACAAUGUCCUUUCCUCGGGCACUCCAUCCGGGGUGAAACUUGACGAUGAUGAGGACAUUCCUAAGCAGACCAACAUUCCCGACCGUACUCAAAAAACUGAUACUUCCAGCGGCCAUGGCCUAGGAUCCAAGGCAGCUGUCGGCCUCGGUGCUGCAGGUCUCGGAGCUGGUGCUUACGAGGCCACUCGCCAUCGGGAUGUUCCUGAGCAACAGCACUUCAGCCAGCCUGAUGUUCCCGGUCAGACUCAGAGCACCCUCGACACAAACCAGGAGCGUGACUACAAGCCUGCCGCCGGCGUAGGUGCAGUUGCUGCGGACGAAUCUCGCAGGCCCGAGGAGAAGAAAUUUGACAAGCCGUUUGAGGACGAGUCUCUUGAGCAGCUCGGCCAGACCCAGCCUCCUAUGAGCCAGUCUCAACAGGAUCCUCUCACCCAGACUCGAGAAGACAAGGCGGAUCGUGAGGAUGAUAGUCAUCUUGGAGCUUAUACAGCUGCUGGCCUUGGUGCCGCCGGUCUUGGUGCAGCUGCUUACAGCUCCCGUAAGCCUGAGGAAAAGAAGUUUGAUAAGCCGUUCGAGGGCGAGUCGCUCGAUCAGCUCGGCCAAACCCAGCCACCUUUAACCCAGUCCCAACAGGACUCGUCUUUCCAAUCAUCUUUCCCACCCCAACAGGAACCUUUCACCCAGACUCGAGACAAUGAGGCGGACCGUGAGCAGGAUUCUCAUCGCGGAGCCUACACCGCUGCUGGCCUUGGCGCGGCCGGCCUGGGAGCUGCAGCUGCUUACAGCUCUCGUAAGCCUGAGCAGGAGACUACUCAAGACCAGGACAACCAGCCGCUGGAGCGAGAAUCUUUCGGCCAAAAACAAACCGAUCCGUUGCCUCAAGGCUCUCACCCUGAUGCCCGGGCCGCCGCCGCUGCUGCGUUUGGCUCCCACCGACCUCAGGAGCUUACCAGGACUGAACAGUCUCCUCUGACCGGAUCGUUUGCGGGAAUCGGAGGUGGCGGUCCUGGCAAGGUCAUGCACAAAUGCACUGAGUGUGGCAAAGACAAUGAUAUUAGUGAUUAUAUCAGCUCUGCUUUGAAGGGAAUCAACAAGUAAGGUAUUCACUUUUUAUGUAAAUUGUAUAAUUAAUUUUGCAGGAG